ACCAGCAGCUCUCUCUCUCUCUCUCUCUCUCUCUCUCUCUCUCUCUCUCUCUCUCUCUCUCUCUCUCUCUCUCUCUCUCUCUCUCUCUUUCUCCGCACACACUCUCCGGCACCGGGGUUUUACGCGCGCGCGCACCGGGGAGGGGGGACUACAUGUAGUCGGUAACCGGAGCGCACGGUGGGAGACUUGUCGUCGGCUUCCUCUGCGCCAUGGAGGACUGCUGCUCCCCGGAAAGCGAGAGGAUGGAAGCGUGGCUGGACGACCACUUGGAGUUCACCCACUCCUACUUCAUCAGGAAGGCGUCAAGGGAGAUGGUGAAUGCCUGGUUCGCUGAGCGCGUCCACACCAUCCAGCCAUCAGCCUCCAAAGAAACUCCUGCUCAGCAGCGGCCCAGCCAGUCGUCCACAGACCCUGGCCCCCCCUCUGCCUCCACCAUCCUCCCACCCACGCUCCUUUUGGAUAAUCGCUGCCCUUCCCCGGCCACGGCCCCCAGCCCGGCCCCCGGCACCCCGACCCGCAAGAUCUCAGCAUCAGAGUUCGACCGCCCGCUCAGACCCAUCGUGGUGAAGGACUCCGAGGGCUCCCUGACGUUUCUGAGCGACGCUGACCGUGAGACUGUCUCUCUCCGAGGUCCGGUGAUGGGCGAGGGUGGUGUUGUGGUGGGCAGCGGAAGCGGAUGCAGAGGGGCGGGCAGCGGAGGUGACCGCUGCGCCAGGCUGCUGGAGCUGGUGAAGGACGUGUCGAGUCACCUGGACGUGACAGCACUCUGCCACAAGAUCUUCCUCCACAUCAACGAGCUGAUCGCUGCAGACCGCUACUCGCUGUUCCUGGUGGGUGAAGACAGCUCCAACCGGAAGUUCUUGGUCAGCCGGCUGUUCGACGUGGCCGAGGGAACCACACUGGAGGAAUCCUCCAGUAGCUGCAUCAAGCUGGAGUGGAACAAGGGCAUCGUGGGACACGUCGCCGCAACGGGUCAGCCACUCAACAUCAAGAACGCGUACGAGGACCCGAGGUUCAAUGCUGAGGUCGACCUGAUCACAGGUUACAAAACCCACAGCAUCCUGUGUCUGCCCAUCAAGAACCACAGAGAUGAGGUCGUCGGAGUGGCUCAGGCUAUCAACAAGAAGAGUGGGGAGGAUGGUGCCUUCACUGAACAGGAUGAAAAGGACUUCUCAGCCUAUUUGGCCUUUUCAGGCAUCGUCCUGCACAACGCUCAGCUCUACGAGACGUCGCAGCUGGAGAACCGACGCAAUCAGGUGCUGUUGGAUUUGGCCAGUCUGAUCUUCGAGGAGCAGCAGUGUCUUGAGGUCUUACUGAAGAAGAUUGCAGGAACCAUCUUGUCCUUCAUGCAGGCCCAUGCCUGUACCGUCUUCACUGCGGACGAGGACUCAAUGAACUCCUUCUCUAGCGUCUUUCACAUGGAGUACGAGGAGCUGGGUGAAGUCCUAGAUGCUCCCAAAAGGGACUGUGAUGUCAGUCAGAUCAACUACAUGUACGCCCAGUACGUCCAAAACACAAUGCAGCCACUCAACAUCGUAGACGUCACCAAGGACCAACGCUUCCCCUGGACGAGUGAAAACCCAGAUCACAACAGCAACCAGAUAAAGAGUUUGCUCUGCACUCCCAUCAGGAAUGCCAAGAAGGACAAAGUCAUAGGUGUAUGUCAGUUGGCGAACAAGAUGGAUGAAGCGUCGGGCAGCGUCAGGGCCUUCAACAGGAACGACGAGCAGUUCCUGGAGGCAUUCGCCAUCUUCUGUGGUCUCGGCAUCCAGAACACACAGAUGUACGAGACCGUGGAGAGAGCCAUGGCGAAGCAGGAGGUCACACUGGAGGUUCUGUCGUAUCACGCCUCCGCCACAGAGGAAGAGUCGCGGGAACUGCAGGUAACAGCGGUAGCCACAAUACCGUCUGCCCAGUCCCUGCGUCUCAUGGACUUCAGCUUCAGCGACUUCGACUUGUCGGACACGGAAACCACGUGGGGUACCAUCCGCAUGUUCGUUGACCUCAACCUGGUCCAGACCUUCCAGAUGAAGUACACGAGUAUAUGCCAGUGGGUUCUGAGUGUGAAGAAGAACUACAGGAAGAAUGUGGCCUAUCACAACUGGAGGCAUGCCUUCAACACGGCCCAGUGCAUGUUUGCCCUCCUCAAGUCAGGACGCCUACAGAAUAAGCUGAGUGAUCUGGAGGUCUUGGCUCUGAUGAUUGCGACUCUCAGCCACGACCUGGACCACAGAGGAGUCAACAACUCCUACAUACAGAGGAGCGACCACCCACUGGCCCAGCUCUACUGCCACUCCACCAUGGAGCACCACCACUUCGACCAGUGCCUCAUGAUCCUCAACAGCCCAGGAAACCAGAUCCUAAGCGGCCUCUCCCUGGACGAGUACAAGGCCACUCUGAAGAUGAUCGAGAGGGCUAUUCUGGCCACCGACCUGGCCCUGUACAUGAAGAGGCGAGGGGAGUUCUUUGAGCUCACCAAGAACAGCCAGUUUGUUUGGGAGGACGAAGAUCACAGAGAUUUACUGAGGUCAAUGCUGAUGACUGCAUGUGACAUCUCGGCCAUCACCAAGCCCUGGCCGGUGCAGAAAAGGAUUGCAGAGCUGGUGGCCACUGAGUUCUUUGAACAGGGGGAUAAGGAGAGGCACGAGCUAAACAUUGAACCGAUUGACCUGAUGAAUCGUGAGAAAAGAGAUAAGAUACCCAGCAUGCAAGUGUCCUUCAUUGAUGCCAUUUGCAUUCAACUAUAUGAGACUUUGGCUGGCAUGUCCGAGUGUUGCUCCCCCCUGUUGGAAGGAUGCCAGAAAAACCGGCAGCAUUGGAAGCGUUUGUCUGAGGAGCGCGAGAAGGAACCGGUCAACGGCUUGGUGUGAUCCCGAAGCCAGUUCGGCUUUUCAACCUACAUUAAUUUCCAGGGCUUUCCCUGUUCAACCUGGUCUCACAAAGUUUCAUGAAAUUAGCAUGAUUAUACAUACAUACACAUGAAAGAUCAAAUAUCCUUCGUGAAUGGAAAGUGACUUAACAUUUUUUAGAUUAUGUUGUGGUGAAAGAAAAAGGGCAGAGACUUUCAUGUGUUCUGUCUACUUAGUUAUUUUCAUAGGUAUGUCCAUCCUUCCAUUUUGCAAUAAUGAGGUUUCACUCACCAAGUCUGUCACUCGGAUCUGGGAAUACAACAUACCAAAUGGGGAAGGCAGCUGGCACUGGUGCUAUCUUGGUUCAUUAGGGAAAUACAGAAUCAGUAUACAUUAAGAACUUACCUGGUAGAGAUACAGUUACUCACUCCUCAGAGACCUCUCGUUUUUGUUCUGUGUGUAUAGAAGUUGAUUCGCACAACUCCAGGUGUACACACGGCGACAACGUGUUUGUCCUCCAUUCCCGAUCUUUGACGUCAUAACACAGCAUCACGCAAAUCUUCUGAUCAAGAUGUUUGGCUCAUAUACAUGAAUAGACUUCUUUUUACAUUGGCCAGCACAAUUUCACAGCUAGGAAAUAUUUGCUAAGCAUUUUGUCUGAAAACACUAUGAUUAUAAUCAUCAAAAAUAUUUUCAUAGAACAUAUAUAAAGGUAGCACACGUAUCUUGUAAAUAUUACACACUUUGUGUAAUUUACUGUCUUUCAACGUUGACCCCUGUGGUAAAAGUGAGGCUAGCUUAAUUAGCUCAACAUUAUUGAUUACCCAUUGACUGCCGACCCCAUAGGCAGAUUCAAAUCAGAAGUGUGGGAACAUUUUGGUCAUAUUCCAAAAUUUUUGAGUAUUUAGACAUCAAAUACUGUAUUGCCACACAAGGUGACACUGUUGUCCAUAGAGCCUGACUGCAGACGGCCCAUGUUUUCUUCCCAGAUCUCAACUUUACUGAGUGCAUAUAAGAUAUGGUCCGACCUAUGAAAAUAAUGUAAUACCCCUUGUUCAAUACAUCUUACAAAUUCUUCAUUCAGCUUCAGGCAGCCGUCAAACUCUCACGUGAGCACGACAUGCUUCAUUUCCUCAAGCUUUGUGAGACCUCCCUUCUUGUUGUCACUAUUCACUCACCAGAGACAAUAACAGUCAGCACUAAGCUAUAUUUAUUACAAUAGCCAUUUUUAUUUUUGCACAGAGUGGCUUUCAUCUUGAAGUCUCACACACACUAUCUCUCACGGGUAGUGAACCUUAGCAGCGCACUGAAUGGUGCGACAUGGAUCCUCGGGGAUCAGCACCAUUCCAGUGGGCUACAGAUAUUUACCAUAUACUUUACAGAGUGUCACAAUAUACUGAUAUGUUCCAUAUGUCUUUGAUCACAGCAGACGCACUACAAGGGUUUGAGUCUUUUGUAUCAUUUUUUUUUCACUCACUGUCUUAACUAUUGCAUAUUUAUUUUUGUUUUAUAUAUUUAUUAGAGUUUCUAUAUUGUAAGGUCAUCCAUUUGUCAGGAGCACAUGAUUCUUUGUAUAAGAAAUGUAGUUUUCAUACUUAAAAGUCCCAUCUCUGCUUUUUUCGAACGAUCUUUCUUAGGAACAACUCUUUGCAGAUGACAUUAUGAAAUGUACUGUAUUGUGUUAUUUGAUUUCUAUUUUUUUUUUUUAAUAUAAAAUAGCCAAAGACUAGGCCCGCAAUUUCAAAUGGAAAUUGGUCUAGAUUCUUCCACUGCCUUGUUGUGAUAAAAUAGGACCAAUUCACAAUUUCGAAAAAAAGUAUAUAUAUUAUAUUUGUCCACAUCUCUCUGAUUCCAUUAAUGCCUUUCCCUGAAAAAAAAAGGAUGUUUUUUACGUCCUGUUUUUAUAACUGAACGACACUUGCAUUUGAGCCAGCAGGGUUGAGUGAACUUUUUUAAAACCAACGAACAGCACAGAGGUGUCGUAAUUCCUAUUUGCAGAAAACCCUACCCACUGUUCGGCAAACACACAGUGACAUCAAUUUACAAAAGACAUUAUUACAUUAUUAAUCUUUAAUUCAUUUGAUUCAAUUAGUCUACAAGAGUUUCACUGAAGGUUAAACAGACUGGCUCAUAAGGGUUCUCAUGAAUUGGAUAGGACGUUCUCGCACAUUAUGUAUUUCUGAAUGUAUCGGGGCUACAGUUUAUGCUGACACGCUAGAAAUCCCACUCAGUCAUGUGCAGCAGAAACCACCGUUGUCCGAUGGUUCUGCUAUAUUACUGAUCUGCGGAGACAUGGCCAAAGGUUUCAGCUCACGGUGCAGUGGUUCCCAACAUAAUGAUCUGGACCCUCCCACCACCAGCCCACCCCAACCCCAGGGGUCCCAAGGUUAAUGUGAAGGCACAGAUGGAUGCAAUAGAAAAACAAUUGGUGUCUUAAGCAGAACAUUUUUCUCAGAUCUUUUGCCGUUUGUUGUUUGAAAUACUUGUUUAAAAAAAUCCUUCAAAUUCACCCAUAUUUGUAGAAAGAAAAAAUCUCUUCUUGGUGGAACAGCUGUCUUGAAUGUCCACACGUGGACUCCGAGCUUUUUGGUCAAGACAAAAACAAACCUGCUUUUCAGCAAACCCAUUUUCAACUUAAUAAAAGAAGCCAAAGUUCUCAUAUGUGCCAUUUAAGAGAUUUGAAGAAAUAUUUAAAUUAGGAAUAAUUUAAGGGUGCAAGAUAUUAUCGGGGCGGAUGGAGGGAGAAAUAUGUUUCUAUGUCAGUGUGUACUGGGGAAAAAAGAUUGCGGGUUUUAACACAACAAAUCUUAUGUCACCUGAAAGGUCGUCAUCACAGCUCAGCUGUAUAGAAGAAACACAAAGCAGCUGAAACAGCAGAAACGGACCAUAGAUUUCUCCAUUCAACAGGAAUCUGAAAUCUGCAAGAGGUUUACUAGAGCCGGUGGAAAGGCUAAAGCAGUCCACGGCAAAAUCGGUUAUAUCAUCUAUCUAUCCAUCAAUCCAAAGUCCCUAUCUGUUAUCAGUAUCACCCAUGAGAAGCAGGGAAUUAUCGGUGUUGUGCAUCAGUUGAAAAACUCCCCAUCGUGCAUCCCUACAUAAUUACUUAUUAAUCAUUAGAAUUGAGCAAGACUGUAAUCAGCUACUCAGUUACAACUUUGUGCUCUUAAUAGUUUUCCACCGAGACAUAAACCAUUUGAUACGUUGCGUUUCAAGGAUCCGCUGAAGUCCACGCUCUACAACCUGUGGUGAGCCUGUGUAAUAUGAAGGGGCCGCAGAGGAAUGAGGUUGGGAGCCACUGUCACACAGAGAAGAAUAGUGCAAUCAGCACCACCCCCCCUCGGUGAUAAGCAGCAAAGGGUUUCUGCUGGAUAUGUUCCAAGUGGAUAGCAGUGUGUCAGAAGAGCUUUAACCACUCAAACACAGGAUUUCACCUUCUGCUUUGAAACGUAGAUCCUGAGUUUAUUUUAUUUUUCAUGACCAUUUUUAGUUCUGCAUAGAAAGGGAAUAGGGGUUUAGAAUAAUGGAGGAAACGUCUCAUCAGCCGCUCUGUACGCACAAAUGUUGCCACCCAUGUGCAUUUUUAUUAACAGAAACAAAACAGGCCCUACAGCCUGGUCUUCACUAAAGCACUUUUGUAGACGCACAUGCUCAGAAAGCUUGUUUGUAUCUGUGGUUGUUUUGUACUUAGUCUGCAGGAGUCACCUGACCCCUGAUGAUUUCCUCACUGCUUCAGUCUCUGGCUCGUUUCAGAGAAGUUUGCUUCCCUCCUUGUUUUGUUGCAUGUACACCAGAGGGCAUUACACCAGAGAGGAAGGUUUGGUUUUUUUUAAAUGAAAGACAAAGACUUGUGAGUUGUCCACUGCAGGCGAGAGAAUCUAAUAUGCUGAUAUGGUACUGUGAUGAAGGAGGUGUUCCACAUCUGCAACCGUCGACACCACUGAACACUGUGAGCCAAGGCAAUGGUUUGUCCCAUUAAAGAAUAAUGCUUA